UACGGGUGUUGCGGCUGCACAGAUUUUCGUGCGGUUCUGCAGUGGCACCACCCGCACAGAUGUGAACCUGGGAUUAAGGCUAGGUUCACAUCUGUGCGGGUGGUGCCGCUGUGGAUCCGCACGGAAAUCCGUGCAGCCGCACCACCCGCACACAGAAUUGUGGACCCACGGGCAGGUGACAUUACUUCUAAUGGCAUGCCGCCCGCACUGGGAAAUGCAACCGUACUUGGAACUGAGGUUCCCGUGCGGGCUGCGUUUUCCAAAGUAGUGCAGGGACUUCUUCCCUGCGUGUCACGGGCA